ACACGUCUGCCAAAGAAUCAGGAAUGACCCCCCAUUAGCAUCAAGGGCCAACUUCAUCCUCAAUCAAAUCUCACUAUAAAACCCUUAUCCUUAUAAACCUCUAAACAUCAACCAUUUUCUCACUCCCAUCACAAUUCACAAUCCUUCAAAAAAUAUGAGCACUUUGGAUAGAAAAGGUUUCACGGAAGAGCAAGAAGCUCUUGUGAUAAAGUCAUGGAGUGCAAUGAAGAAGAAUUCCGCAGAACUAGCUCUCAAGUUUUUCUUAAAAAUAUUUGAGAUUGCUCCAUCAGCUCAAAAACUGUUCUCAUUCUUGAAAGACUCAAAUGUUCCUUUGGAGCAAAACACCAAGCUCAAGCCACAUGCCAUGUCUGUCUUUCUCAUGACAUGUGAAUCAGCAGUUCAACUAAGAAAGGCCGGGAAAGUCACGGUUAGGGAAUCUAGCUUGAAAAAAUUAGGUGCUACACAUUUUAAAAAUGGUGUAGUAGAUGAGCAUUUUGAGGUGACAAAGUUUGCACUAUUGGAGACAAUAAAAGAAGCAGUGCCUGAAAUGUGGUCACCGGAUAUGAAGAAUGCAUGGGGAGAAGCUUAUGAUCAGUUGGUGGAUGCAAUCAAAUCUGAAAUGAAACCUUCUUCUUAAAAUCUUUUCUUCCUAGAAUGAAUAAGUUUGAUAUAAAGACACUUGGUCUCUUAUACUUUCUCUAGUCCUUUUAAUAGGAUCUAUAUGAAUCCACAAAAUUUUUGAUGCAUUUAGUUUAUAUAUUAGAUAGAAAUAAAUAAAGUUUGAGUUUUGGGUUA